GCAUUGACGAUAAUACGUCACCGAAGGAAACGUCGGUUUAGCCAAUGAGAGAGCGAAGAUUCACGGAACCGUCCACGCGUGUAUAUAAAGCCGGCAAAGUCCGCGUCGGCCAUUGUUCGAACAAACGUGCGAUAGCGUUCUUUGUGUCCAUUUGCAGAAGAAGAAUUUAUUGCGAAAUUAUCAAAUUUUGAAUCUCGAUUACGAGGAAAAUGGCAAAGACUCCGGCGAUUGGUAUCGAUUUAGGAACCACUUAUUCCUGCGUUGGGGUGUUCCAACACGGGAAAGUAGAGAUUAUUGCCAACGAUCAAGGAAAUAGAACGACUCCGAGUUACGUCGCAUUUACUGACACGGAGAGGUUGAUUGGCGAUGCUGCGAAGAAUCAAGUAGCCAUGAAUCCUAGCAAUACCGUUUUCGAUGCUAAACGACUUAUCGGACGUAGAUUCGAAGAUUCUUCGGUUCAGUCGGACAUGAAACAUUGGCCUUUUGAAGUAAUUAGUGAUGGAGGAAAACCAAAGAUUAAAGUUGAUUAUAAGGGCGAAAGUAAAACUUUCUAUCCCGAGGAGAUUUCUUCCAUGGUUCUCACCAAAAUGAAAGAAAUCGCCGAGGCUUAUCUGGGAAAGACUGUUACUAAUGCCGUCGUUACUGUUCCGGCUUAUUUCAACGACUCUCAAAGACAGGCUACUAAAGAUUCGGGUACUAUUGCUGGGUUGAAUGUGCUGAGAAUCAUUAAUGAACCCACUGCUGCUGCCAUUGCUUAUGGUUUGGAUAAAAAAGGAAGUGGAGAAAGGAAUGUUUUGAUUUUUGAUCUUGGUGGAGGUACUUUUGAUGUGUCUUGUUUGACCAUCGAAGAUGGUAUUUUUGAAGUCAAGUCCACUGCCGGCGAUACUCAUCUGGGUGGAGAGGAUUUUGACAACCGUAUGGUUAAUCAUUUUGUGCAAGAAUUUAAGCGUAAACACAAGAAAGAUCUUACUACUAAUAAGAGAGCAUUGAGAAGAUUGAGAACUGCCUGCGAGAGGGCAAAGAGAACUUUAUCUUCGAGUACUCAAGCCAGUAUUGAAAUUGAUUCUCUGUUUGAGGGAAUAGAUUUCUACUCCACCAUCACCAGAGCUAGAUUUGAGGAGUUGAAUGCCGACUUGUUCCGUGGAACGUUGGAACCGGUCGAAAAGGCUUUGAGAGAUGCAAAAAUGGACAAGAGUCAAAUACACGAUAUUGUACUCGUCGGCGGUUCUACUCGUAUUCCAAAGAUACAGAAAUUACUGCAAGAUUUUUUCAAUGGGAAAGAUUUAAACAAAAGUAUAAACCCCGAUGAAGCAGUUGCUUAUGGUGCAGCUGUUCAGGCUGCUAUUUUGAAUGGUGAUAAAUCAGAACAAGUUCAAGAUCUUCUUUUGCUUGAUGUUACUCCCCUUUCCCUUGGAAUUGAAACUGCAGGUGGUGUAAUGACUGUUCUUAUAAAACGUAAUACAACAAUCCCUACCAGACAAACUCAGACCUUCACAACCUAUUCUGACAACCAGCCUGGGGUUUUAAUCCAAGUUUACGAAGGCGAAAGAGCUAUGACGAAAGACAACAAUCUGUUAGGAAAGUUUGAGCUUACCGGAAUUCCUCCGGCACCUCGUGGAGUUCCUCAGAUCGAGGUAACAUUUGAUAUCGAUGCUAAUGGUAUCAUGAACGUGUCUGCCGUAGAUAAGAGUACAGGAAAAGAGAAUAAAAUUACCAUCACUAACGAUAAAGGCCGUCUUUCAAAAGAAGAAAUCGAGAGAAUGGUAAAAGAUGCAGAGAAAUACAAGGACGAAGACGAUAAACAGAAAGGUAGAAUUUCUGCCAAAAAUUCUCUUGAGAGUUAUGCUUUCAAUAUGAAGUCAACUGUUGAAGACGAAAAGUUAAAAGAUAAAAUUUCGGAGGACGAUAAGAAGAAACUGUUAGAAAAAGUGGAAGAGACAAUCAAGUGGCUAGAUACUAAUCAGCUUGCAGAGAAAGAAGAAUUUGAACACAAACAAAAAGAAUUGGAAGGAUUUUGUAAUCCUAUUAUUACAAAGUUAUAUCAAGCUGGAGGAAUGCCAGGUGGUAUGCCAGGAGGAUUCCCAGGUGGAGCACCUGGUGGUGCUGCUGGGCCUACAAGUGGAGGUGGAAGUGGUCCAACUAUAGAGGAAGUUGAUUAAAUAAUUUUCAAAAAUUUAAUUUAUUCGUUUAAAAUGUUGGAAAAUUUUUAUUUACACUACACUACUAUAAACAGCUUUUAAAAUUUUCAUAAAUACUGUAUUUAGCAAUUAUUCUUUUUCUAGUAUCUGUUUUGUUAUCA